AUGUCUUCGUUCCUCCUCCGUCGCUGCUCAUCCCAACUGCUCGCGCGGCUCUCCACGAAGGCUCGUUUCGACGUGGAAGGCCACUUUCCCUCUCCGCUCCAACAGCUCUCGGAGCAAGAGCAGUCCAUUGUGGACACCGGUUAGGCUUGUGAAUACUCUGGAACACUGUGCACGGGGUUGUGACGGGUACAUCGAACACUAAAAUUUGAACUUCCGCCGACGGUCGAUUGCGUAGCGCCCCUAUUUUAAAGCAUUACUCAGCGAUUUGAAGUGAGGAAACAGCCGCAGAAGCCGUUUCGAAAAAAGCGCCGCGGCUGUGGUCUCGCCACGAUUUGAGCUUUGAGCUUCCUCAAAACCCCUCUUUCGCCGCUGUUUUCUCACUUUAAAUCGCUGAGUAGGCCAAAGCAAAAUUUUUGAAAAUUUCAUUAGAGCGCACUUGCGGCAGUGUACCCCGCCACGACUCCAUACUGUGAAGUUUUUGUGUUGCAGUGCGUCGUUAUGCUGUUAACGUCGUGAAACCGCUGGUUCGUGAGAUGGACAAAACGUCGGAAAUGCACGAGACGGUCAUCAAAGGCGCUUUUGAAAACGGGGUAUGAAAUAGAAAACUUUUCAAACUCUAAAAAUCUAAAAUUUCUCUCAGUUGAUGAGCAUUGAAGUUCCGGAAAAGUACGGCGGACCGGGCUUCACCUUCUUCGACGCGAUACUCGUGAUCGAGGAGCUCGCCAAGGUGGAUCCGUCCGUCUCCGCAAUGGUCGACGUCCACAACACGCUCUUCGUCUCGAUGAUUCUCGAUCUGGGCACCGAGGAGCAGAAAAAGAAACUGCUCCCGCGGUGCAUCGACGCUUCCGUCGGCUCUUUUUGCAUUUCGGAAGUGAGCGCCGGUUCGGAUGCGUUCGCGCUGAAAACGGUGGCCAAGAAAGACGGAGACGACUACCUGAUCUCCGGAUCGAAAAUGUGGAUAACCAACUCGGCACACGCCGAUCAUUAUUUGGUGUUUGCGAAUGCGGACCCGACGAAGGGCUACAAGGGAAUCACGUGCUUCCUGGUCGACAGAGGCCAAGAGGGACUGUCCAUCGGCAAAGCGGUAGCGAAUACUCUCAAUUUAUAAUAUUCAAGAAUCAGCUCAGGAGGACAAAUUGGGCAUCCGUGCUUCGUCCACUUGCCCCGUCCACUUCGAUAACGUCCGUGUGCACAAGUCGGCGAUUGUCGGAGAAUUGGGAAAAGGUACAAAGAGAUUGAGGCGUUAGUUUGGAAAAGGUUGCAGGUUACAAGUACGCGAUCGAGUGCCUCAACGCCGGCCGCAUCGGAAUCGGGGCUCAGAUGCUCGGGCUCGCCCAAGGAUGCUUCGAUCAGACGAUUCCGUACCUUCAGCAGCGAGAGCAGUUCGGACAGAGACUUAUCGAUUUUCAGGUAGAAUAUUUAUAGACUCCACGCCCUGAGCACGUUUCUUUUCAGGGAAUGCAACAUCAAAUCGGUCAGGUUCGUACUGAAAUCGAGGCCGCCCGUCUCCUCGUCUACAACGCCGCCCGAAUGAAACAGCACGGACUGCCGUUCGUCCGUGAAGCAGCCAUGGCGAAGCUCUACGCGUCGCAAGUCGCCACGACGACGAGCCGUUUGUGCGUCGAGUGGCUCGGCGGCGUCGGAUUCACAAAAGAGUUUCCGGCGGAGAAGUUUUAUCGGGACGCGAUGAUCGGCACGAUCUACGAGGGAACGUCCAACAUUCAGCUGAACACCAUUGCCAAACUGGUCGACGUCGAAUUUCAGAACAAGGCUUGA